ACAACUCCCACAAAUUAUUACUCCCUUCGUCCCGGAAUACUCGAUCCGGUUUGACCGGCACAGAGUUUAAGGGACUUGAAUUGACUUAUUUAAUUUAAUAGGUAGUAAUUGAUAGUGGGGUAUUAUUUUAAUGUAGUUAGUGGGAAAUGUGUGAAGGGGUGGGGUUGGGGGAGAGUAGGGGUUGAAUUUUUAAUUAUUUUUUGUAUGGAGUAGGGGGUAGGUGGGUUAAUAGGGGUGGAGUGAGAAAUAAUAUAAUAUUGUUAGAAUAUUUCCAUUUUUAGAAACAGGUCAAGUAUUAAGGGACGGCCCGAUAAGGAAAACAGGUCAAGUAUUCCGGGACGGAGGGAGUAUUGACAAACUAAAGUAUGUAUAACUAGGGGAUAUACUAUGUACUAUUUCACCACCUAGACGUAUCCUUACAAAUGGCCUCUAUGUACGAAGUAGAGCUAACGUUGUCAUCCGCCAAGGAUCUCAAGAACAUCAAUUGGCGUCACGGUCCCACGAGACCGUAUGUUGUGGCAUGGAUCGACUCGGAUCGUAAAUUUACGAGCCGGAUCGAUGACGAGGGUGACACAUGUCCAAAAUGGAAUCAGACACUAACCAUUCCCCUCGACCGUCAAAUUGAGGGUGCCACCCUUUAUAUCGAUGUGGUACACCACGCCACACUCGACGAGGACGACAUCAAGCUGCUCAUCGGGUCAGGAAAUUUCAAUCUAUCUGAAGUCAUAGACGACAUGUUACAAAUCGGUGACCGUGUGCCACAUAGUCUCAAGCUCAAGCGUCCAUCUGGCAGGCCUCAGGGGACGCUUGAGCUAGAGAUCGUGGUACACGAUCCUUAUUCUCGUGGGUCGGACUACUCAUACCCUACGAUUAAUGGGUCGGCCCCUAAGGGUACUGGAUACCCAUACGAGCAACCCCCAAGGGGCAGCUCGUAUGGUGACCCUGGGUACGGGAAGCCCGCAUACGAGGAGAAAAAGAAGAAGGACGCGUUCGGAGGAACGGGAAUGACAGGGUUGGCUAUAGGUGCAACGACAGGGGUAGUGGGUGGUAUAGCAUUAGCGGAAGGGUUUUAUCACAUUGAUGAUGAAGAUGAUGAUGAAUAUGAGUUCACGGUUUGGUGAAGGUUGAUUUAUUGGCUUGAUCAACGCAAUUGUAUAUACUAAUCUUCGUGUAUUUUCUUUCUUUCUUUUAAUCUGCUUAAUUAAUCAAAGAUGUUGAAAUGUACUUAUUAUAAUGUGUAUAUGAGCUUACAAAGUUGAAUAAAGUUCGCCCGAGAAUGAGAGUUAUA